AUGCCUGAGCCAGUGAAAUCAGCUCCAGCUCCUAAAAAGGGAUCCAAGAAGGCUAUCAAUAAGGCGCAGAAGAAGGACGGCAAGAAGCGUAAACGCAGUCGAAAGGAGAGCUACUCUGUGUACGUCUACAAGGUGCUGAAGCAGGUCCACCCCGACACCGGUAUCUCGUCUAAAGCUAUGGGCAUCAUGAACUCUUUCGUCAACGACAUUUUCGAGCGCAUCGCGGGCGAGGCGUCGCGCUUGGCACAUUACAACAAGCGCUCGACCAUCACCUCCAGGGAAAUCCAGACGGCUGUACGCCUGUUGCUUCCUGGGGAGCUGGCCAAGCACGCCGUGUCAGAGGGCACCAAAGCCGUCACCAAAUAUACCAGCUCUAAGUGA